AUUAGAGCUAGAAAUGAGAUCACCUUAGAUGUUUGCGAAGAACUAACUUUAAGUUCAGAAACAGUUGAAAACGGAAAUGGAAUAGACGAUUGUAAGCGAAUCAGAGACGACCCAGAUUUAAAAGUAGGCGAGAACGAGGUUUUUACUUUGGAUGAAAGAGAGCCAUUAAUGAUGGAGAAAGAACAUGGAUAUGAAAAGACACGAGGAUUUACAGACAAGGAAGCCAUUCCAAUCCAACAAAACAUCGUCACUGGAAAUACCUGCGAACAGGCCACGGACGAGAAAAGAGAAGAGCUGAUUGGAAAGAAAAAUUUUCUAAUUAACGACGCUACCCCACAACCAAGGCAUGGUUCUGGUCGUCCGGCCUCUGUUGUUAACUUGAUAGAAAGCGCAACCACCUCGAAAUGUGAGGACGAAAAUGAGGGACUUUCAGAAAAGGACCUUCUUUGCUUUGCGUGGCAGGUUGCAGAAGGAAUGAAUUACUUGGCCAGUCGAGGAUUCGUUCAUCGUGAUCUGGCUGCCCGCAACAUUCUUCUUGGGGAGGGUAGAGUAGUAAAGAUUGCUGACUUUGGCCUGCUACGUCAAACUGCAAAUUAUAUAUACGAAAUUAAAAACACGAAGAAAGUACCUGUGAAAUGGAUGGCACCUGAGGUCAUCUCGACCAAUACGUUCACCUCCAAAAGCGAUGUAUGGUCUUAUGGAGUUUUUGUGUGGGAAUUAGCAACAUUAG